AACGGUCAGUUAUUUCCCACUCUCACACUCCUAUUUCGUUAAGCCCGACCAAUCCUCUUCUGUUCCAUCGGUUCUUCUCAUCGUUUUUGUGUCGCCAUCUUCCUCGAACGAUGGCUUCCGAGUACCGUUGCUUCGUCGGAGGUCUGGCUUGGGCCACCGACGAUCGGGCGCUGGAGAAUGCCUUCAGGCAGUGCGGCGACGUGGUUGACUGCAAGGUGAUUUUGGACCGUGAGACAGGGAGGUCGAGAGGCUUCGGCUUCGUUACAUUUGCGGACGAGGACUCCAUGAACAAGGCGAUCAGCACGAUGAAUGGUGUGGAGCUGGACAACAGGUCCAUCACUGUCAAUCAAGCACAAGGCAAGGGUGGCCGUAGUGGCGGCGGCGGCGGUGGAGGAGGCGGCGGCGGCUAUGGUGGGAGCUUCGGCUCGCGAAGCGGCGGUCGCUACGGUGGAGGCGGCUAUGGUGGUGGAGACCGUUAUAGCGGUGGAGGUGGGGGCGACCGAUACGGCGGUGGUGGGUACGGAGGUGGUGGUGGGUACAACGACGGCGGGUAUAGCGGUGGCGGCGGUGGCGGCUACAGCCGCUCUCGCAGCGGUGGAUACUAGAUAACCUUUGCUUUUCUGCUUGGUGCUUGGCCCGUUAAAUAUAUAUAUAUAUAUAUAUAUAUAAAUAUGUAUGUCUUAGGAACGGGGCCGUUGCUGAGCGACACUCCGACCCUCUGGGUGUGUCGGCCUCUCUUUUCAUCUUCUUUCCCCGUACGAUACUGGAGUUGAUGGUACCGAUAGCUAUGAACUGAAGAGGUAUUCUUCUCCUCUCUCCUGUGACUUUCUGUACUUUCUUUGUUUCUUUGCGUUGGUGGUGUCCCGUAGCUGUCUUUCCCUGGAUAUGAAGCAUACAGAGGAGAUUCAGUAGACUGGGCUCAGUGUGAGCCUUGGUGGUAUGGCUAGCUACUAGUUGGUGGUUUUGCUAGCUUUUGAACGAAAGAGGUUCUCUUCUCGUUUCUCCCGCGUGACUCUCUUUCCCUGGACGUGAAGCAUACAGAGGAGGUUCACUAGACUGGGCUCAGGUGUUUGAGGUUUCGCUAGCGAAGGAGCAAGAGUGCCCGUCUGUGUCCCCCUGACAGUCGACGGUGGACUUCUGUCUCUCUCUCUCUCUCUCUUUGCUAUCUCUUACCUCUUACUUGUUUGAUGUGCCUUGCGGGACUGCCUUUCUCGAUUGCGUUCGCUUCUGAUUAUAUGAUCUUUAUAUGAUCUCUGUAACCUUGUUUGGAAAGUGAUGAUGAUGAUGCAAUUUUGACCGAUUACUGUCUUGCAAUUUUGACCGAUUACUCAGUCUUCUGGAGGCGUUUCGGAACUGAUCAUCGUGAGGUUACUGUGUGUGGAAAAAAACGGCUGGGACUUCAUUUUUUUCGGGUUCGGGUUUGAAAGGGUAAUUCUUCGAAUAACGGACGGUGGCCGGAAUCGUUUUCUAUGUCCGGCGUCAGAUGGAAUAUAUGCUUUUAUGAUGAACCGAGUUCUGUGGCGAAGCCUCGAUCUUUUGUUGGACGCAGGCAUGCUGUUGGCGAUCGUUGUGUAGCUGCAGCUCAAGUUCUGCUGUUGGCGAUCGUUGUGUAGCUGCAGCUUAAGUUCUCAACGGUCCUGUGAAGGGUUCAACAAUUCGAAAGGGAUGCUUGGAGUCUCUCCUCU